AUGCUGUUUGAUCCUAUGGUUGCCCAAAGUCGUGACCGUAGCCCCAAAGUGGUUGAUCUCGCCAGCAUCAACGAAGUCCCCGGAAAUAUGCCUGCCCCGGCGAAGGAAAACAAGAAGCAGGUCGAGGCCAAUGGCCAGGCCGCGAAUGGGAACAUUCCACCUCCCAAGACCGACAAGCCUCGGCCUCAUGUCUGCACUACUUGCGGCCGCUCCUUUGCGCGAUUGGAGCACCUGAAGCGCCAUGAGCGCUCCCACACGAAGGAGAAGCCCUUUGAAUGCCCCGACUGCGCUCGCUGCUUCGCGCGCCGCGAUCUACUGCUUCGCCACCAGCAGAAGUUGCAUAUGACUUCCACCCCGUCGUCUCGUCCGAGAAAUGGCCGACGAGAGAGCACGAGCGGUGCUGCUGGCGGCGCCAAUCGCGUGCGCAAGAACUCUAUCGCUAACAACGCCUCAUCCAUGCGCCCCAGAGCAAACACUAUCAGCCAUGUGGGUGGGAACCCGUUGGGGCUUUCCGACGGUGCUAACCCAUCCUCCGCCCCGAAUCACUCGGGCCAUGCCUAUCACCCGAGCUUGAGCUCUUCUGUAGGCUCGACCAUGGACUAUAGAGGUUUCAGCUCUGGACACCCUCCGGUAAACGGCCUGUCCAAGCUGGAGACUUCGGGACUUCCUAUGGAUAUGUCCGGUAGUCUGCGAACGGCACCGGUAUACGGCAGCUUUGAUAUGGGCAUCGAUGGUAUGCUGAUGGGCCACGGUAGCACCAUCAACCCGGCACAAUUACACUUUGCAGGUUCUCCCCAGGGCUUUGGUGACACCCCCACUUCCCCGUUCGGCCACAACCACCACGGCAUGCAUCCCGCCACGGAUCCCAUGAUGGACGAGGAGAUGAAUUUCGAUUGGAUGAACGGAUUCGACGCGGCUGUGGCGUUGGGAAACGGGAACGACUCGGUCAUCGACGAGUCGUCACCCUCGGCGAUGAGCACGGGCAGCCAGAGUGGAAUCAGCGAGGCCAUGCUGGAUGGCCCCAACCGUAUUCCGAUCUCCAAUGGCUGGCACAACCCGUUCCCCACGCACACUUCAGCCAAUCAGUUCGCCAUCGACUUCUCGCCGACGACGUUGAACGAUUUGGGGAUCCCGCCGGAGACAGUGUCACCCAAGUCGCUGAUGGCCCAGCAUCCGUUUGCCGAGAACUAUAACACACCUCCAUCCAUGACAUCGGUCGGCCAGCCCGUCGUGGGAGGACAUUCGCAGAGUAUGUUAUCAUCCUCUAUGGCAACAAACGGAGAAUCUCCUAAUCCUCUCAACGUUCCUUUCACGAAUAGUGCCCUACGAAGUCAACAUUCCCCAGUCUCAACGGAUACAUUUACAGACUCCACACGACAGGCUCUAUUAGCGAGCAUGUCGCAACCGGCUGGCUUCAAUCAUCGCAAGUAUUCUCAGCCCGCUUCCAGCAUGUUGAGUAGCCGCGAGUUGUUCGCCCGCUCGACUGGCUUCAACAGUUCCGGUCAACUUCCCAGCACCUCGGACAUGCAGCGCUACAUUUCCGCCUACAUCACCUACUUUCACCCCCAUAUGCCUUUUCUUCACAUCCCGACCCUCAACUUCCAGGCUCCCGAGUACACCAGUAACCUGCGCACCCCCAGUGGACAUCUCAAUCUGAGCUCCACUGGCGUCGCAGGAGGCGGAGGUUGCCUGAUUCUCUCCAUGGCUGCCAUCGGUGCCCUGUACGAAUACGACACCGCCGCAUCAAAAGACUUGUUCGAAGCCGCCAAAAAGAUGAUCCAGCUGUACCUUGAAGAGCGUCGCAAGGCCGACAUGUCCGCUGCACUCAGUCGUUCCAAUACUGCACGAGACAACUCAGUUCAAAAUACACCUCUCUGGCUGGUCCAGGCGAUGCUGUUGAAUGUGAUAUACGGUCAUACCUGUGGUGACAAGACGUCUGCGGAUAUCGCCAGUACCCACUGCGCGGCUUUGGUUAGCUUGGCCCGCGCGGCCGAAUUGACCCACCAUCUGGACGCGAAGAACCUACCGCACGAUCACCUCAAGACAGGACCCACUCCACCCGAUCCAAAUGAUACGGAAAAUUGGAUGUCCCCAUCGUUCAGCCAACCGAAAGAACGGCGAGACUGGCUGAAUUGGAAAAUCGUUGAAGAACGCAAGCGUACGCUUUACGCCAUCUUUGUACUAUCCAGCUUCCUCGUGUCUGCAUACAACCAUGCGCCUGCUUUGACAAACUCAGAGAUCCGUCUCGAUCUCCCCUGCGAGGAGGAUGUAUGGGCCGCUGAGUCUCCUCAAGCAUGGAAGAAGAUGGGAGGUCAAACGGCCUCCGUUAAGGGCGUUUCGUUCUCUGCCGCUUUGACCUCUCUUCUGACUGCCAGUCAACGAGAGCAGCAGAAUCAAUCUUCAAACCUCUUUUUCGGCGGUGGCAGUUCGGACGAUCCGACAAGCGUAGACAACAGGCCGAGUACAUUUGGGUGUCUCGUUCUUAUCUACUCUUUGCACAACUAUAUCUGGGAAACCCGACAACGACACAUGGGCCGCCAGUGGACCUCACAAGAAACCGAGGCCAUGCAAUCACAUAUCGAGCCGGCUCUCAGAGCCUGGCAGGCUGCAUGGGCAAGCAAUCCAGUUCAUAGCCUAGAGCGACCCAACCCGUUUGGCGCCGGGCCACUGUCUGCAGAUAGCAUUCCACUGCUGGAUCUGGCAUACGUCCGGUUGUUUGUCAACCUCGGACGAUGCAAAGAGGCGUUCUGGCAACGGGAUUGGAACGGCAUGGCAGAUGAGCUUGCACGAGGUGCAGAGAUGUUCCAACAGGCCGACACGAACAUGAACGAUCUGGUGGAUCCUUCGCUCACCGGCCAGCUCGAUUGCCGUCGAGAAUCCAUCAACGAUCUGGGCGUGGCCGAACUAGCCAUCUCGAAGACCCCGACGCAAGAACAGCCCAUGCAGUCUCUCUCGAACAUGUACAAGACUGGUCAAUCCAAGCGUGAAAAACAUCUGCGCAAAGCCGCAUUCUAUGCAGCCGACUCGAUCAACAUGUCGGACCGACUCGGUAACACAUUCGCCGAGUUCUCAUCACGGGAACUCCCCAUACAAUGUGCGAUGUGUGCCUUCGACUGCGCACAGGUGCUAGCAGAGUGGAUAACCACCGUUCAAGAACGAGUCGGACCUUACCUCGGCAUCCUGGGUCGUGACGACGUCGAUCUCACCCAAAUACCAGGGGUGAUGCUCCUCGAAGACGAAGAUUGCAAGCUAGUGGACAAGAUCAAGGAGAUCUUAAACAGCAUCGAAACAAAGAUGCAGCGGCAGAUGCAGAGCAGCAACUCAAUGUCUGCACUCGGCGUAAUGCAACGUCUACACAGUGUGGCGGAAGGCGGAUAUGGGUGUAAAAUACUGAUUGCCACAGCCAGCCUCCUAGACCGCGCUGCAGUCUGGCCCGUGACGAAACUGAUGGCGCGAUCCCUGGAGGCCCAGGCUAUGCGAAUGAAGGAGCGAUGUGAGAAUUCCGUUAUGAUGACCACUUAA